UGCUGAAACUCCAAACAGAGAAGAAACCAGUAGAGCUGAGAGACUGGUCAGAUGAAGAGAGUGAAGUGAGGGGAUUCCUCCAGUGUCUGCCGUACAUCUCACAACUGAGAGUUUCUCCACCACAGAAUCAGCAAGAAUCCUUUAAAGAUUGGGAAAAAAGAAAGCGAUUGUGUCUACUAAAUCUUUGUUUGCAAGUGGCUCUCUGCCAAGAGGAUACCCUAAAGACAAAUAUAGAGACAUUGCUGUCAACCACAUAUGAUGGGAACUGUGAUUUUCUGCUGGAUCUGUGCUCACAUGUGAAGGAUUAUGAGACUCAAACAGGCAGGAGUGUCCUUCCAGCAUUACAGCCAAUUUAUCAGUCAGCUCCUGCAGUCUGGUGUGUAUACCUCUCAGAGAAAAAAGCUGCUUUACUCCUAGAAGUGCUGAAACUCCAAACAGAGAAGAAACCAGUAGAGCUGAGAGACUGGUCAGAUGAAGAGAGUGAAGUGAGGGGAUUCCUCCAGUGUCUGCCCUACAUCUCACAACUGAGAUUUGAACCCUUUAUCAUCUCUGACAUGGUGGACUUUGAAAAGGCUUUCCAGUUUCUGGUGAAUCUGAUCGUUGCAGCAUCAGAGUGUGAAACAGAUACAGGAGAAAAAUACACUGAACUAUUAACAUCUGUGUGCAGCUACACAUCUUUCCCCUUUAAAGAGAAUAAUGAUUAUAAGACUGAACAAUGUGAUUUCCUGCUGGAUCUGUACUCACAUGUGAAGGACUAUGAGACUCAAACAGGCAGGCGUGUCCUUCCAGCAUUACAGCCAAUUUAUCAGUCAGUUCCUGCAGUCUGGACCAUAAACCUCUCAGAGAGAAAGACCUCCAUCCUCCUAGAAGUGCUGAAACUCCAAACAGAGAAGAAACCAGUAGAGCUGAGAGACUGGUCAGAUGAAGAGAGUGAAGUGAGGGGAUUCCUCCAGUGUCUGCCCUACAUCUCACAACUGAGAUUCGGUUUUGAGAUGUUUUAUGAAAAGAGAAAAUCUGCUUUCCAGUUUCUGGUGAAUCUGAUCGUUGCAUCAUCAGAGUUUGAUACAGAUACAGGAGAAAAAUACACUGAACUAUUAACAUCUGUGUGCAGCUACACAUCUUUCCCCUGUGAUGAGGAUAAUUAUUAUAAGACUGAACAAUGUGAUUUCCUGCUGGAUCUGUACUCACAUGUGAAGGACUAUGAGACUCAAACAGGCAGGAGUGUCCUUCCACCAUUACAGCCAAUUUAUCAGUCAGCUCCUGCAGUCUGGAUCAUAAACCUCUCAGAGGGAAAGAUCUCCAUCCUCCUAGAAGUGCUGAAACUCCAAACAGAGAAGAAACCAGUAGAGCUGAGAGACUGGUCAGAUGAAGAGAGUGAAGUGAGGGGAUUCCUCCAGUGUCUGCCGUACAUCUCACAACUGAGAUUUACUGAAGCACAGCAGAAAUCAUCUGAAUUGUGGGAAAAAAGAAAGCGAUUAUUAUUCUUAAAUUUGUGUCUGCAAGCUGCUCUCUACCAGAAAGAGACCAUAGAAGCAACUGUAAAGAUACUGUUGUCAUCUGUGAAUUAUGAGAAAUGUGAUUUCCUGCUGGAUCUGUACUCACAUGUGAAGGAUUAUGAGACUCAAACAGGCAGGAGUGUCCUUCCAGCAUUACAGUCAAUUUAUCAGUCAGCUCCUGCAGUCUGGAUCAUAAACCUCUCAGAGAGAAAGACCUCCAUCCUCCUAGAAGUGCUGAAACUCCAAACAGAGAAGAAACCAGUAGAGCUGAGAGACUGGUCAGAUGAAGAGAGUGAAGUGAGGGGAUUCCUCCAGUGUCUGCCGUACAUCUCACAACUGAGAUUUGAUGUGAAGAUUGUCCAUAAGAGAAAAGAAUCUGCUGUUCAGUUUCUGGUGAAUCUGAUUGUUGCAGCAUCAGAGUUUGAUACAAAUACAGGAGAAAAAUACACUGAACUAUUAACAUCUGUGUGCAGCUACACAUCUUUCCCCUGUGAUGAGAAUAAUUAUAUUAAGACUAAACAAUGUGAUUUCCUGCUGGAUCUGUACUCACAUGUGAAGGACUAUGAGACUCAAACAGGCAGGAGUGUCCUUCCAGCAUUACAGUCAAUUUAUCAGUCAGCUCCUGCAGUCUGGAUCAUAAACCUCUCAGAGAGAAAGAGCUCCAUCCUCCUAGAAGUGCUGAAACUCCAAACAGAGAAGAAACCAGUAGAGCUGAGAGACUGGUCAGAUGAAGAGAGUGAAGUGAGGGGAUUCCUCCAGUGUCUGCCCUACAUCUCACAACUGAGAUUUGGUGUGAAGAUUGUCUAUAAGAGAAAAGAAUCUGCUGUUCAGUUUCUGGUGAAUCUGAUCGUUGCAGCAUCAGAGUUUGAUACAAAUACAGGAGAGAAUUACACUGAACUAUUAACAUCUGUGUGCAGCUACACAUCUUUCCCCUGUGAUGAUAUUGAUGAUAUUGAUGAUGAUAUUGAGCAUCAAAAUGAACAAUGUGGUUUCCUGCUGGAUCUGUACUCACAUGUGAAGGAUUAUGAGAUUCAAACAGGCAGGAGUGUCCUUCCAGCAUUACAGCCAAUUUAUCAGUCAGCUCCUGCAGUCUGGAUCAUAAACCUCUCAGAGAGAAAGAGCUCCAUCCUCCUAGAAGUGCUGAAACUCCAAACAAAGAAGAAACCAGUAGAGCUGAGAGACUGGUCAGAUGAAGAGAGUGAAGUGAGGGGAUUCCUCCAGUGUCUGCCGUACAUCUCACAACUGAGAUUCGAUCCCUUUGUCUACGAUGAGGAGUUUGAAGAUACUUUCCAGUUUCUGGUGAAUCUGAUCGUUGCAGCAUCAGAGUGUGAAACAGAUACAGGAGAAAAAUACACUGAACUAUUAACAUCUGUGUGCAGCUACACAUCUUUCCCCUGUGAUGAGGAUAAUGAUUAUAAGAUUAAACAAUGUGAUUUCCUGCUGGAUCUGUACUCGCAUGUGAAGGACUAUGAGACUGAAACAGGCAGGAGUGUCCUUCCAGCAUUACAGCCAAUUUAUCAGUCAGCUCCUGCAGUCUGGACCAUAAACCUCUCAGAGAGAAAGAGCUCCAUCCUCCUAGAAGUGCUGAAACUCCAAACAAAGAAGAAACCAGUAGAGCUGAGAGACUGGUCAGAUGAAGAGAGUGAAGUGAGGGGAUUCCUCCAGUGUCUGCCCUACAUCUCACAACUGAGAUUUGAUGUGAAGAUUGUCCAUAAGAGAAAAGAAUCUGCUGUUCAGUUUCUGGUGAAUCUGAUUGUUGCAGCAUCAGAGUUUGAUACAAAUACAGGAGAGAAUUACACUGAACUAUUAACAUCUGUGUGCAGCUACACAUCUUUCCCCUGUGAUGAGAAUAAUUAUAUUAAGACUAAACAAUGUGAUUUCCUGCUGGAUCUGUACUCACAUGUGAAGGACUAUGAGACUCAAACAGGCAGGAGUGUCCUUCCAGCAUUACAGCCAAUUUAUCAGUCAGCUCCUGCAGUCUGGAUCAUAAACCUCUCAGAGAGAAAGAGCUCCAUCCUCCUAGAAGUGCUGAAACUCCAAACAAAGAAGAAACCAGUAGAGCUGAGAGACUGGUCAGAUGAAGAGAGUGAAGUGAGGGGAUUCCUCCAGUGUCUGCCGUACAUCUCACAACUGAGAUUUGGUGUGAAGAUUGUCUAUAAGAGAAAAGAAUCUGCUGUUCAGUUUCUGGUUAAUCUGAUCGUUGCAGCAUCAGAGUUUGAUACAAAUACAGGAGAAAAAUACACUGAACUAUUAACAUCUGAGUGCAGCUACACAUCUUUCCCCUGUGAUGAUGUAGAUGAUGAUGAUGAUGAUUUUGAGCAUCAAAAUGAACAAUGUGAUUUCCUGCUGGAUCUGUGCUCACAUGUGAAGGACUAUGAGAUUCAAACAGGCAGGAGUGUCCUUCCAGCAUUACAGCCAAUUUAUCAGUCAGUUCCUGCAGUCUGGAUCAUAAACCUCUCAGAGAGAACGAGCUCCAUCCUCCUAGAAGUGCUGAAACUCCAAACAGAGAAGAAACCAGUAGAGCUGAGAGACUGGUCAGAUGAAGAGAGUGAAGUGAGGGGAUUCCUCCAGUGUCUGCCCUACAUCUCACAACUGAGAUUUGAUCCCUUUGACCUCGAUGAGGAGUUUGAAGAUACUUUCCGGUUUCUGGUGAAUCUGAUCAUUGCAGCAUCAGAGUGUGAAACAGAUACAGGAGAAAAAUACACUGAACUAUUAAUAUCUGUGUGCAGCUACACAUCUUUCCCCUUUAAAGAGAAUUAUUAUUAUGAGACUAAACAAUCUGAUUUCCUGCUGGAUCUGUACUCACAUGUGAAGGACUAUGAGACUCAAACAGGCAGGAGUGUCCUUCCAGCAUUACAGCCAAUUUAUCAGUCAGCUCCUGCAGUCUGGAUCAUAAACCUCUCAGAGAGAAAGAUCUCCAUCCUCCUAGAAGUGCUGAAACUCCAAACAGAGAAGAAACCAGUAGAGCUGAGAGACUGGUCAGAUGAAGAGAGUGAAGUGAGGGGAUUCCUCCAGUGUCUGCCGUACAUCUCACAACUGAGAUUUGAAACCUUUAUCUUCAAAGUGAAGUUUGAAAAGACUUUCCAGUUUCUGGUGAAUCUGAUCAUUGCAGCAUCAGAGUGUGAAACAGAUACAGGAGAAAAAUACACUGAACUAUUAACAUCUGUGUGCAGCUACACAUCUUUCCCCUGUGAUGAGGAUAAUGAUUAUAAGAUUAAACAAUGUGAUUUCCUGCUGGAUCUGUACUCACAUGUGAAGGAUUAUGAGACACAAACAGGCAGGAGUGUCCUUCCAGCAUUACAGACAAUUUAUCAGUCAGCUCCUGCAGUCUGGAUCAUAAACCUCUCAGAGAGAAAGAUCUCCAUCCUCCUAGAAGUGCUGAAACUCCAAACAGAGAAGAAACCAGUAAAGCUGAGAGACUGGUCAGAUGAAGAGAGUGAAGUGAGGGGAUUCCUCCAGUGUCUGCCCUACAUCUCUGAAUUGAGGAAUGCUGAGCAGUAUUUCCCAUCAUUAUGUAAAGUGCUUGGGUCCAGAAUGAAGGCAGAUCAGGUGACUCCUCUGCUUCAGGCUCUGAACUUCACUGUCACUCUCAGUGGAAAAUUACCCAGCAGCACCUGCAGAUCUGUGGGGAGAGUCCUGGGCCUCUCAUCAUCAAAACUAAACCUGACUCUAAACCCACAAGCCAUCUCUCUCAAAGGAGUCAGACUACUCUUCAAACACAUCACACACCUGCACAAACUCAGCUUGAGGAAAGAUAUAUUGUUGAAGAUUGUCAGAGCUCUGAGGUCAGUGGAUGAUUGCAGCUCUUUGGCAGUUGAGGAGCUUUCUCUGGUCAUGAGAAACACAAAGACCUUAAAGCAAUAUCACUCCAGAAUCCUGAGCAAGUUAUCUAUUCUCCUGAGUCUGUGGGCUGUCCAGUGUCUGGAUCUUACGAAGUGCAAAAUAGAGGCUCUGCCUUUAACUCCUCUGUUGUGUGUUCAGAGACCCCUGACUAUCAGGUUUUCUAAAGAGACUCUGCAGCACCUGGUUGAAAUGGUGUUUGAAGCACAUGAUCAUGAACUGACACGCUUAUUCCUGGAGAAGGUGUUUGAAGAUCUGUCUUCCUGCUCACUGAGCUGGGAAGUGAUUCACUAUCUACUACAAUGCAAAAGUCUAAAUUUCAAACUUGACUUCAGAAAGAUCAAAAUCUCUUCUGAAAACAUCAGGGAACUUCUGCAUUUGCUGGACAGAAUCCAGUUUAUAAGGUUGAGCCCCAGCUUUACAAUGUCCAUCAUGAUGAAGAUUUAUGAGACUCGUUCUCCUCAGUAUGUGUCCAGUCUGUUGAGUUCAUCAGAGAGUUACAUCAACCUGAACAGCAGAGUGUUGGACUCCGUUCACUGUGCUGCACUGCGCUUCACUCUCGAGCACUGCAAUGCUGUCAAACUCAACCUGUUCUGGACCUCCAUACCAGAGGGGGAGCUAGAGAGCAUUCUGCCUUUACUCAAGAGAGUCUCUGAACUUAGUGUUGACAGGCAGCUGUUGUUGAAGCUGCUUCAUUGCUGCAGUUCCUCUGAUCUCCAGCAGGAGGCAGCAGCUGUUCUGCUCUCUUCUCUUCAGAACACACUGGACUUCUCCUGCUGCUCUUCUCUGGACCUGACAAACACACAGAAAAAUCAAGAUAAUUUUAACCUGACCACUAAAUACUGUAAAAUAAUCUCAUCUGUGCUUCAACAAACUCAAAGUAUUGUGAAGUUGGUCCUACAGGACUGUAAGGUCUCUGAAACAAGCCUGAAACAGUUGCUGCCAAUUCUACCUCAAGUCCGGCUAAGCUGUAGUAAAUCUCUGCUGCUGCGAUUUCUGGCUUGUAUUAGUAAAGGAACUAAGAGGAGCUCUUUGAGGUGGUUUAAGGCUCUUUCUCAGGCUUUGGAAGAUGAGAUGGACCUCAGUCACACUCAGAUGGAUCUGAAAGCUUGUGAAGAGCUGGCGCUGUUUCUGGAAUAUUCUGAAGGGCUUUCAGAACUGGAUCUCAGCCACUGCAACCUCACUGAUGAAUGCAUGAAACCACUGAUAACACACCUGCACAAGACUCAGACUCUGGAUCUGAGUCACAAUAAAAUAACUGAUGAAUCAGCAGAAAUAAUCCACAGUAUUGUCUCCACUCACAGCAAUAUUCAGUCUGUACGACUCUUUGGAAACAAAAUUAAAGAUAGAAAACUGUUCAUCACAGACAAUCGGUUUGAAAUAUGGUGAAGACUCUCGAUCAUAAUCUGUUGAUUUGUUAUACAAAUGACGUGUUGUAAAUAACUCCAAACAUGACGAAACACAUGUUGUAUAGCUCCAGAUUUAAUGGAUUGAAAUUAUGAUGUUUAUAUUCUUUAUGGUAAUAGAGCUGUAAGACUGAUUUUGAUGUUCUUAUAUUUUCGUGCAGUAAACAUUAACAAUAACUACUGUUUUUGAAUUCUGCUUUUGCAGCAGGGUCUCUAGUAUACAUACAAUACUAUAUUAGUAACAUUAAAUUUUUUAUUAAAAUUGUUCAUUACAACAGAAGUGCUGCAAAUGUGUACCUUGAGCUACUACUGUAUGAAGCAUCAUAUAACCUCUGAAUGAUUCAUUGAGUUUAUUCAGUGAGGAUCCCUCAAACUGAUCAAUCGUAAAUUGGUGAGUUGUUUCGAGUGAUUUGUUUAAAGAACCGACUCGCUUGAUUAAUGUGUCACAAUCUACACUCCAGUCUAGUGCCUGUAUAUAUAUAUGUAUAUGUGAGAAAUAUGAAUUGUACAUGCUGUCUUUAGUUUGACAUCUAACUCUGUAUGUAUGUGUGCAAUCCACAGAAGGACACCACGCGCUCGAAGAGUCCAUGACCUUCCGUAGAUGUUGUUAGUUUCUCUUAUCUUAUCCUCUUUUGGAAUAUUCUGUGCUCCAACGAGCACAUACUCCUUUUUCAUGAGCUAAAUAUCUCAGAUAUAGACAUAACAAAUAUCUAGGGCUGCCGUAUAUGAUUUUAUUCCUGUACUAUUCUGGUAUCAACAAUUUUUGUCCUUGAGCAUGCAAGCCUUGCUGUCACUUUUCUAUUGGUUGUUCUUUGUUCUAUGAAAGGUAUAAAUAUUAUGCUUGCUGUAAUAAACUUCGAGCAGAUUG